AUAUCUAAAGUAAGUGUUGCACAAGUCAACGUUUUAGUUAAGCGUGCACGUGCACAGAAUAUCAUCUAUGAUUGUGCUCGUGAAAUAGUUUAAUUAUUUUGUCGCAACAUACAAAUGUAAUCUUUCACAAUGUAAAGCUUAAUUUACCAUCUCAAUAAUUUGACCUGCUGUUAGUAUUUAUUUUUGCCGCUUAAAUUGUUUACAUAUGAACAUUAUGAUGAAUAUAGCGUGCUAACUUAAGUGUUGCUCACGUUUUAUUAACACGUGUUAACAAAAUAUCUGUUCCGUAAUUGUGCACGUGUAUAUCUUGUAUCAUUUAGUCAGCACACACAAAUUUGAUAUUGCAAUAUAUACAACUAAAUUGCUGGUAGUAUUAAUUUUUGUCGUUUAAAAUUAAAUAAUUUGAUUAAUAUACUUUGCUAACGUUAGUGUUGCACAAGUUAUAUUAGGGUUUACAGUACAUGCGUGCUAAUAUGAGUUCUGUGAUUGUGCUUCUGACUUAAUGUUUUCAUUUUGUUAGCACAUACAAAUUUGAAUUUUCAGAAUAUACAGCAAAGUCAAAAAAAUUUAUGAUUUGAACUGUUGUUUUGUUGUUUGUUUCAGGUUGAACAAUCUGAUGAAUAUCACAUGAAUAAUGUCAGGACUUGGAGAAGUACUGAAACAUGCCAUAUUAUCUGUGUUGCCGACCCUGUCUCCAGAUGUCAUUAAUCAGUUGGUUGAGAAGCUUGUGGACCAAGGAGUUGAGAGUGUGGAUGAUUUGGUGUACGUUAAAGAUGAUGACAUUUUGGAGUUCUUGCGACCUAUUCAAUGCAGAAAACUUCUUUGUGCUUGGAAAAAUCAAGAAAAUCAGAACAGCACAGUUGUUUCACUUCCUGUUGAAGUUCUCCCCAUGGCCUCCUCUGAAACCAAUUCUGAAAUAGUUUCACCUCAAUCCAGCUCCUCGAGCACAUCAAUCUGUGUGUCACAGUCAUGGCCUGAAAAUUUCAAAGUUCCCUGGAACAUAAUGCCAGCAGGUAUUCAGAGUGCUGCAAAGAAUGGUCAGAGACCUUCCCCUGCUGACAGACGCCAAAUGAUUAGAGUUCUUGCUGAUGAAAUAAGAAAGCAUGACCUAAACCCCACCAGAUCACAGUGUGCCACUGUUACUCGCAAAGUCGUUAGGGAGUAUCCAAAAUCUUUUGCUGACAUGAUAGGUGACAGGCAAAUUGGGGGUGGAAAUGAAUCUCUUCUGUCACAGCUAAAAGUACGGAUAGAGCAUCUUAAUAGAAAUAAUACUCUAAGUCAAAGGAUCCAAAGUAGUGACAGUGGAACUAGUCGAAAACGUAGUUCUACUGACUCGUAUGGUUGUACAAGAUGGCAGCCUUCUCUUCCACCUGGUGAAAGUUCUGAAACUCUUGAACUGAAGCGUCUGAAGAUGGAGGAGAUAUAUCUUCAUGAAGGAGACUCUGGUGCAGAAAGAGGAGAUGUUUGCAAGCUCAUGGAGGAGACGUAUUGCCUUCAGCGUCACAUGAUCAAUGCAAGCCCACCCCCAACAAUUGCAGAGUUGAAAAAGAAAUGGCCUUAUCUCUUCAUACAGAGGCAUAUAUAUGGUCAUUUUGAACUGCUCACUGAAAAAAAAGUAAAAAGACUUUUGGAAUUGUCAAUUCAGGAGUGUGGACAAAUAAUUACGCAGUUUUUUAAAGGCAAACCAACCAACGAUGAUGUUCGGAACAUCCUUUCCAAAGGUGAAAACGAUGUGGCUGCCAAUGUCCUACAGCUGCUUCUUGCACACUUCAAGGAGAAGUUAGAUGGCAUCAUUCUUCAGGCAGAUGAAUUUGCAACUCCACAUGAUGUCAAGCAAUCUCUGCAUCUGCCAGGGAGUCCACGUCUUAUAAUUCUUGGUGAAUCUCUAAGCAACAAGCGUUGGAUGCUAAGUAUGGAAGGUGAAAUUGUGUGUGAAGGAGCCCAACCCUGUUUCGUCUCUGGACUUGCAGCGUUGUUUUCCUUAUUUUACAAUUUCAACCUUGAGUAUCAGGAUGAGGCAGCGUGCACCCUUGAGUUUGUUCAAAGACGUUUCAUUGACAUCAACCCUGAGCGUGGCUCAAAAGCCAAAAAGGGCAAAGUGACAUCUAAGAAGACUGGCAAAGUCGUCCAAAAAAAGAGCUGUACCAUGAAUCCGCAGGUAGCCUCUCUAUUGCGGAAAUUAACAGACUUUGAGUGGGAUUUUGUUUAGAUCCCCCUUUUUUGUUUAGUUUUUUUGGUUAUUUUAAAAAAGUUUUAGAAAAUUGUUAAGAUACCUGUUGAUUGUCAAAUGAAUAUUCCCAAGUGUAUAUGACUUUCUUUCUUCAGCAUAAGAUAUUAGCUAUAACAUUAUUUCAUAUACACCAAGAAUGGCACAAGGCUCUUUUUGUUGGUAAAUUGUUUACCUUCAGUUGUUUAUAUAAAAAGGUCACUUUCCAGUCUUUCUGGUUAUUUAAAAAUGGUUUAGAAAAUUAAGAUACCUGUUGAUUGUCAAAUGAAUAUUCCCAAGUGUAUAUGACUUUCUUUCUUCAGCAUAAGAUAUAAGCUAUAACAUUAUUUCAUAUAACACUAAAUGUUUAGUUGAAGAAAGAAAGUCAUAUACACCAAGAAUGGCACAAGGCUCUUUUUGUUGGUAAAUUGUUUACCUUCAGUUGUUUAUAUAAAAAGGUCACUUUCCAGUCUUUCUGGUUAUUUAAAAAUGGUUUAGAAAAUUGUUAAGAUACCUGUUGAUUGUCAAAUGAAUAUUCCCAAGUGUAUAUGACUUUCUUUCUUCGGCAUAAGAUAUUAGCUAUAACAUUAUUUCAUAUAGCAGUGAAUGUGUUCAGUUGAAGAAAGAAAGUCAUAUACACCAAGGAUGGCACAAGGCUCUUUUUGUUGGUAAAUUGUUUAGUGGUUUAUUUUAAAUUGUCAUUUUCUGGUCUUUGCUUUUAAAAUAAAAAAAUGCUUUAUGCUUCAAA